AACCGCAUUAUCUUCCGCUCCUGGCCUCGUGAUUCCAAAGGAAAAGCCAUCCAGCCAUUUUCAUUGUGGGGCAAGGAGGCUGGCAAUGGACUUGAUUUGUGGGGUGCGACGCUCUAUGACUUCUACCACGUUCGACGUCUCCCGUAUCUGCGAAACAAUAUAACCAACUCCACAGGAAGCAAACUUGCGAAAUGGAUGCGGCAGGCUGGUGAACUCACAGCAACGGAUGAGCUCCAUUGGGCCGAGAAGGAGGAGAUAUCAGUUGCCGACAUUGGGGAGCUCAUAAGGUACGACUCGCCCUUCAAUCCCGCUUAUUAUACCUCUCCAUGCCGCUUCAUCCCUUGCACACACAAGAUUUCGACACUCCAACAACGGAUUCAUUGGCACCUUCUCCCUCAAAAGCUCCACAUCCAUUAUCCUUGGCACAAAUUAUCCGUCGAUAAGGGCGGCGACGAUCACAAGACUCCAUGCCUUUUCAAAGUUGCCGAUGGAGGAGACAUCAUCCGAACCUAUUCCCUUCCCCUCGAACCGGAAGGCAAAGAGGCAGUGUUGAAGGCGCAGAAACGGGCUCAGAUAGCCGAAGACGAAGCAAUCAAGGGGGAGAGUGUGCUCCGCAUCUUCCCCGCUGAAAAAGAGGGACCGAUGGAAGAGCCGCUGAUUGAAGUUGUACUCCCACCUCAACCCCGGAAGCGGACACAGGUGGAAGAAGCUCAUCUCUACCUUUCAUUUCGUGAAGUAGACUCCGGUGAUCAUUCAGUUGUGCAUGGUGUCGAAUGGGAGCUUCCGCGUGACCUUUUCGUGAAGGCCCGUAUAUGCAGAACGAGCGUGGAGGAGGACGUCCGUCGACAGGUCCAGAAGUUGAAGGACAAGGGAGAAUGA